AAUGAGAUUUCUAAUAUCCAAUAGAAGUGCUGUAUACGAAGUAAAAGUUUGACUAGCAACCAUUAUCAAUUUAUGAACAGUUCCCUUUUAAAGAGCAAAGUUUGUGGCAUAGAAUAGAAAAUUUUGACUAGAAGGGAAUCAUGGCAACUUACGUUAAUUCUGCUGAACGCUAUUCAACCUCUGACUGGCACAUGAAUGGCUAUAAGAUCUCUACUGAUGCCGAAAGAGGUAGAAGCGCUUCCCACGAUGUAAGGCAGGAGGGACGCUUCGUCCGUAACGAAACAUCUAAUAAAACCAAAUGGGAUCAACACGACAACAACACCCGUUUAGCAGACAGAGUUGACAAUAUUCGUAAAUGGAAAGAUAUUUUGGAAAGAACUGAAAAGGAGUUGAAUGAUGAAAUUGAAGAAUUGUCAAGAUCAAAACAAAUAAUGGAGGACGCUUUAGAAGCAAUGAAUCUACCCGAAGAGGUCAACGUAGAAAAUUUAACCACAAGAGAGGCAAGACAAGGUGUCGAUGUUGUUAUGGACGAAGUGGAAGAUGAACUGAAGAGGGAGCAAGAAGUGAUUUCUGGAAUUAAGAAGCAAUUGCAAUCAAAGAUUGCUCAAUCAUUUGAACAGUUGUGCGUCCUUCAGGAGGCUAGACAAGAAGUAAGAAAAGAUCUAGAAGACAAAUACGUUGCUUUGGGCAUAGAUGUUGAUCAAUAUAAUUUAACUGAGGAGUCGUCUUGUAUUUCCUACAAGCCAGAUCCAUGCCGUGUACCAAAGGGUUCUGUAACACCUCAGAAUUGGGAAGAUUACAGCCGAUACAAUAAAGAUAGAGCAGAUGCUGAAAUAGCUGCUUCCAAACGCCUAAGAGAAUCGAAUCAUCAUACUCUACAACAAACUCAAAAUGAUUUAAACUCGCAGAAAAAGGCAACUGACUACGCCGUACGUAAAAGAAUUCACGAAUUUGAACAAGCUAAAGAUGAAUUAGAAUGGCAAAAGAAACAAACAGAAGAUGAAAUUGCUGUAUUGGAAGAUGAUAUUCGUCGCUUAUCAGAUGCCAUAAGGGCUAAAAUUAAGCCUAUGAAACUAGCUCAGACCAGAUUAGAAAAUAGAACUGAACGCCCUGGAGUAGAAUUGUGCCGUGAUAACGUUCAAUACGGUCUCUGCGAUGAGGUUGCCCAAAUCGACGCUUCAAAGAGAGCAUUAGAGGAGAAACUUCGCCAGUCGCAACAUGCUUUGCACAAUCUUGAAGCAAAUUUACAUCGUAUAAAUGAAGAUUUGGCUUUGAAACUAAAUUCCCUGCGCCUAGAUAAUCAAGUUCUCCAAUCCAGAAAUCGACUAGGAUCUAACCAACUGAUACCAGAUACCGAAGGCAUGCGUAAUUUGCACUUGACGGGUAUUACCCGUCAAAAACAACACAUUCUUGCUUAA